GGGUGAUAAAAGAGCAGGGGGUGGAGUGCCCUCAGCCUGCUCAUCUCUGUGGCUUCCCCCUCACACCACCCGGCAACACACACACACACCCCGGAAGGAGCAACAGGAGGGCCCUAGCUUAAGAGCUCCUCUCUGCAGCAGGCCAUGGCACUAUGGUGGCAGAUGCUCUUGGGGCUGUGGACAGUCAUGCCCGCAGUGGCAGAGGACAGGCUGGUCAACGUCUGCAUGAAUGCCAAGCACCACAAGCGAGAGCCUGGCCCAGAAGACAAGCUUUACUUAGAGUGCCUGCCCUGGAAGGACAAUGCCUGCUGCACACUGGCCACAAGCUGGGAAGCCCACCUUGACGAGUCCUUGCUCCUUAACUUCAGCAUGAUGCACUGUGGACUGCUGACCCCCGUCUGUCAUAAGCACUUCAUCCGGGCCAUCUGCUUCCACCAGUGUUCCCCGAACCUGGGGCCUUGGAUCCAGCCGGUGGCCUCAAACGGUCAGGAAGAGCGGGUUUGGGGUGCACCACUCUGCUGGGAGGAUUGUGAAGAAUGGUGGAAAGACUGUCAGUCAUCUUACACUUGUAAAUCCAACUGGCUCGACGGUUGGGACUGGAGUCGGGGGAAGAACCGCUGCCCAGAACAGGCGCCCUGCCGCCCUUUCCCAGAUUACUUCCCCACCCCCACUGACCUGUGUGAGAAGAUAUGGAGCAACACAUUCAGGGCCAGUCCUGAGCGCAGGAAUAGUGGACGGUGUCUGCAGAAGUGGUUCGAGCCCAGCCAGGGCAACCCCAACACGGAAGUGACCCUUCACUUUGCCAGCUCGGCCUCAGCCCAGGGGCUUUCUUACACCCUCACAGCCCUCUCUCUGUGCCUUUUUUUCCACUUCUGAGGGGCCCCUUCUCCUACCCACAAUCCUUCUGGGCCAUGGCCAUCUCUUUCCUCUGACUAUUCAGGUUGGGUGCAGGCUGGUGCCUGAACAUCCCAUGCCACCCCAGGUCUCCUCAGUUGCUAGGCUCUACCUCCACUGGCCUGGCCGGCAGCUGGUACCCAGGAGCCUAAGGGGUCUUAUUUCUGCUGCUUUUAGAGUGUUACUACAGGAUUCCAGGCACUUCUUCUCCUGCCACAUCCAUCUCUUUUUGUGACAGAGACAAUGUUGACACCCAAGUGAUCUGUCCUAUCAAUAAAACCUUCAAUA